AUGGCCCCUGCAGCUUCAGACCUGCGGCCCUUGCAGCUCGUGCCGAUCGCAUCAGUGGAGCAGGGCCGGGACUGGCUCCGGUUCUUCUCUCGUGGGGCAGGGCCCGGCAGAGCUGGGGCAGGCGCGAUGGAGCUGAGCGGGAUUGUGGGGGAACCCGUCACUUUCCCCCUGGGGAGCCCAGCAGAGCAAGUUACAACUGUUGCCUGGACAGUAAACGCAACAAGGAGCAUAGUAUCUGUAGCAGCAGGAAACCCCCCCGCAGUCAUUGUGUCCGACCCAUCCUACGAGGAACGCCUGAGAGUCCCCGAGAGCAACUCGCUUCAGAUCACCAGCCUGAGGAUGGAGGACACGGGCACCUACGGAGCUCAAAUCACCACAGCUACAGGCACCAUCCACAGAGCCUUCCUGCUGCGCGUGUACAAGCAGGUACCGGAGCCAACUGUCCUCUGUGACUCAGUGACCUGUGAGAAUGAAACCUGUAACUACAACCUGCGCUGCACCGUCGGGGAUGGAGGGGACAAUGUGACCUACAGCUGGACUCACACAGCAGGGGGCGCUGUGGAACCCAAUGGGUCCGUUCUGCACGUAUCUCAGAGACCCCUGGCCGUCACCUGCACAGCCCAGAACCCCGCCAGUAACAGCUCCACAACCGCCUCUGCAAAGGGACUUUGUGCAGGGCCCGGCAGAGCUGGGGCAGGCGCGACGGAGCUGAGCCGGAUUGUGGGGGGCUCCGUCACUUUCCCCCUGGGGAUCCCAGCAGAGCAAGUUACAACUGUUGCCUGGACAGUAAACACAACGAGGAGUGUAGUAACUGUCGCAGCAGGAACCCCCCCCGCAGUCAUUGUGACCGACCCAUCCUACAAGGGACGCCUGAGAGUCCCCGAGAGCAACUCGCUUCAGAUCACCAGCCUGAGGAUGCAGGACACGGGCACCUACGGAGCUCAAAUCACCACAGCUACAGGCACUUCCACCAUCCACAGCCCCUUCCUGCUGCGCGUGUACAAGCAGGUACCGGAGCCAACUGUCCUCUGUGACUCAGUGACCUGUGUGAGUGAAACCUGUAACUACAACCUGCGCUGCACCGUCAGGGAUGGAGGGGACAAUGUGACCUACAGCUGGACUCACACAGCAGGGGGCGCUGUGGUACCCAAUGGGUCCGUUCUGCACAUCUCUCUGCGCCCCCGGGAUGCUCCCCUGAAUGUCACCUGCACAGCCCAGAACCCCGUCAGUAACAGCUCCACAACCGCCUCUGCAACGGGCCUUUGUGCAGCUCCCCCACCAGCCCCGGCCUCCUCGCUGUCCUACUGCCACCUCAAGGGGAUCGUCCUGCUGCUGGUGCUGGGAGCCCUGAGCGCCGGGAUCAUCGCGGUGCACGUCCUCCCCGGCAGGGAGCGGAGACGGGACUGAGAGCAGAGGAGCUGCCACAGCGCCUGCCAAUCCCGCCUGGGCGUUCCCAGCCCCCCAGCCCGAGGAUGCUCCGGGGGCCGCUCGCUCGCAGCUUCCGACGGGUGAAUGUCACUGAGUGGGAGGAGGGGAAGUAUCGGGUCCCUCUGUGGGGCGGGAGAUGUGGUGGAGAAUCCGCCCUGCUCAGUGGCGCCCUCUGGCAGCUGCCGGCAGAACAACAGGUGCGUCUGCCUCAGUUUCCUCCUAUCCACCUUCUGAAAAGACCCCAGUGUCUAACUGUACCCCUACCUGGGGCUGAUGUAUUGUCCCAGCGCGUAAACCUUUCCCAGUGACUCCCUGCCGUGCCCGCUCCCCCCCGGGCUCUCCCCCCUCCAUGGCACCCGGCUCUCUGGGGACAGGAGCUCACCUCCAGCUGCACCUGGUUAAUGCCCCAGGCAGGCCGGCCCCGGCCUCUGCCCGUUAAAGGGGCCGAACACCCUGUCACGGAGGCACUUUCCCUCCCACUGUGCUUUGGGGCCGAUGACUGCGCAGGGCAGGGCGAUGGAGAGCCAGGACCAAGGGGUUUGUCCCGGGAGAAACUCAGCUGCCUCGUGAACCCAGGACUGGCCCUAAAAACAGGGGACUCCAGCCUGGUGUAGACCCAGCUGCUGCACCAGUGUCACUGCAGGUCAGUGGGGUGAUUUUCUACGGACCCAGUGAAAGCGCUGCCUCCCUGACUGGGGGUGCCCUUGUCUCAGUGGAAAGGGGCUUCUCUGGGUGCAGCCCCUGCACCUCUUUAACUGUCUCGGUUUCUAAACCAAGCCUGUGUGGAGACAAGCCCUUAGGAAUUAUACCCGGCCAAUGUAGUCUAGUGUCCCUGCUCCAGCCCUGACCUGCGUCCGCUACUUCAGAGGAAGAAGAAACACACCCUCUACUGGGCAAUUCUGGAAUAAACUGCCCACAUGAGGAAUUUUUCUCACCCACACGCAGAGAGAAGUUGGUUUAUACCCUGGUGCCAAAGAGUUAAUGUCCCUUCCACAUUCUCUCUCUCCUCCCCAGCAGAGCCGUGAAUGUCCUUGCUAUUCAGACAGGUCCAGGGUGUGUUGUAUUUUAAUCCUGCACAGCUUGACAGAGCGAUAAUAUCCAGUGGCAAUGAGUUCCGCGGGAGAACUUUCCAUCAUGUAAAUAAAGU